AUGGCGGCGAGGGCACCGGGUGAGUGAGGAGAGGGGAGAGUCGGUGGUGAAGGGGCUGCAGCGGGGAGGGAGGAGGGCGGGAAGCUUCCCGGUGAAAGAAAAUGGUCGAGGGGGCCCGCCAGUGCUUGUGUGGCAAUACACGGGGCGUGUGCGAGAGGUUAUGAUUGCCUGGUGGGGACGGAGAGGACACGGGGCGCCUUCUGUUAACUCUUGGCGUGCCAAGCGGUUGUGGGUUUUUCCACAGUGUAAUCAUGGGUCAGCAAACUUUUUCAGCAGGGGGCCGGUCUAAUGUCCCUCAGACCUUGUAGGGGCCGGACUAUAUUUUGAGGGGGAAAUGAACGAAUUCCUAUGCCCCACAAAUAACCCAGGGAUACAUUUUAAAUAAAAGCACACAUUCUGCUCGUAUGAAAACACCAGGCAGGCCCCACAAAUAACCCAGAAAUGCAUUUUAAAUAAAAGGACACAUUCUACUCAUGUAAAAACACGCUGAUUCCCAGACCGUCCAUGGGCCGGAUUUAGAAGGUGAUUGGGCCGGAUCCGGUCCCCCGGGCCUUAGUUUGCCUACCCAUGGUGUAAUCCUUUAAGGGCAUACUCAGAAGUAAGCCACGUCACGUUCAACGCAGGCAAUAGGGUUGCAUGUUAAGAGUUUCCGUAGCGAAGGGUGUUACUCUUGUGGGACCCUUAUUCACGUACUGCUUUGAGGUCCGCCUCAUCGCCCUCCCCCCUUCUUUCUAUCCACAUAACCAGCAAAAGGUUUGUAGGCGAAUCUUCUCACUGCCCGAAAAGCUUGAUUUAGUUGUUUAUAGUCACGCUUCAUGCUGUGCACCAGUAGCAAUUUGUAAUUAUCCCACGAGGGCUCUCAUUCUAAGUAAUCUAAGGGUAUCCGGGAAGCAAAGAAUAGAUGAAUGAAAAGCUCAUUUGGGAGUUUCAUUUUGGCCACCCUUAUCUCUUGAAACAAACAGGUGGCAAACGGCCCUCUAGAACAGCAGCAAGUAGCAAACCUGUCACUCCUUUAGCUUGUGAGUUGCAACACAAUGCAUCCUUCUGAAUGUGUCUCCUCCGCAGCUUGCAGUCAGUGUUAGAAAGCUAGGAGCUACCGUAUUUUUCGCACCAUAGGACGCACCGGACAAUAGGACGCACUUUGUUUUAGAGGGGGGAGAACAAGAAAAAAAAAAUCUCCCCCUCUCUGCCCAGCGCCCCUUCAGCGAAGUGGCAGGAGGCGCUGUGCAGAGAGGGGAGAACUUCCCCUCUUGUUUUCCCGCUCUAAAACAAGGUGCCGUUUAAGGUGCGUUCAGGCGGCUAUCUUGGAAGCCUGGAGAGCGAGAGGGGUCGGUGUGCACUGACCCCUCUCGCUCUCCAGGCUUCAGGUUCCUUUCGACCUGCUCUUUGGGGCUGGCGGGGGGAAGCCCACCACCAGCCCCAAAGAGCAGUUCAGGGAGCAGCGGAGAGGCUCCUGCCAUAGCCGCCCGUCAUCUCUCCAGCUGGGAGAGGGUCGCGGGGGGCUGCUUUAGCCCCGCGCGCUCUCCCGGCUGGAGAUGUGACAGGCGGCUAUGGCAAGAGCCUCAAGAGCCGCGCGUCACCUCUCCAGCCGGGAGAGGGUCGUGGGGGCUGCUUGGCCCCGCGCGCUCUCCCGGCUGGAGAGGUGACGGGCGGCUAUGGCAAGAGCCUCAAGAGGGUCGCGGGGUGCUUCUUAGGCCCCGCGCGCGCACUCCCGGCUGUAGAGGUGACGCGGGGCUGUAGAGGCUCCUGCCAUAGCCGCCCGUCACCUCUCCAGCCGGGAGAGCGCGCGGGGCUAGCAGCCCCGCGACCCUCUCCUGGCUGGAGAGGUGACGGCGCGGCUAUUGAGGCUCUUGCCAUAGCCGCCCGGCACCUCUCCAGCCAGGAGAGCGCGCGCGGGGCUAAAGCAGCCCCCCGCGACCCUCUCCCGGCUGGAGAGGUGACGCGCGGCUAUUGAGGCUCUUGCCAUAGCCGCCCGUCACCUCUCCAGCCGGGAGAGGGUCGCGGGGCUAUGGCGUCUUCGCUCCAUAGGACGCACACACAUUUUCCCUUCAUUUUUGAAGGGAAAAAAGUGCGUCCUAUAGAGCGAAAAAUACGGUAAAUAGCACCAUAAACCUAGGUUAUGGGCGCCGCAAUGAAGUGUCUAGGCACACUUUUUAAAAUAACUAUAAUACAAAACUGAAAAUGAAUGAACUGCAGCUAAAAUAUUAUGUUCAUUUUUCACAUAGUCUAGUCCUUCCCCUGCCCACCCCCCUAAUAUUCUUAAUAGCAUCUCUUCUCCAGUCUUCAGAGAGUAGCUGGAAGUGGGGAGGCAGAAAAAGGUUCUCCUUUCCUUCCACUCUGCUGUUUUAAUCUGAAAUCUUAGGUGCAGUACUGCACCCAGAGCUCAGAAACUGCUCGCACUAAUGAAAUUCUAUGUCGCAAAAUGCACCUAGAACAAUGGGAGAUUCUAACACUGCUUGCAGUGCACGUAGUACAAUGUUAAUUAUGAAUCUAGCCAUAUACUGUCAACUAUCAAAGGCAGGGUUAGGCAACCUAAGGCCCGUGGGCCGGAUGCGGCCCAAUCAUCUUCUCAAUCCGGCCUGCGGACGGUCUGGGAAUCAGUAUGUUUUUGCAUGAGUAGAAUGUGUCCUUUAUUUAAAAUGCAUCUCUUGGUUAUUUGUGGGGCAUAGGAAUUCAUUCAUAUAUAUUUUUUCAAAAUAUUGUCUGGCCCACCACAUGGUCUGAGGGACGGUGGACCAGCCCACGGCUGAAAAAGGUUGCUGACCCCUGAUCAAAGGGGUAGUAAUUCUUGAAGGCACUAAACAUGUUAAAAUGCUUAUUGUUUUGAGAAAAGCUAUGAAGUGACACUGCUUGCAGUUGAGGGCAGGUUUUACUUCAUGAUUUGUUUAUUGUUGCAUAGCUGCUAAUGCACAAUAGAUGGUGGGUGCAGGUGGUGUGGCUGAUAACUAAGCAAACGUUCAUCUCAUCUUCUGUUACAUAGCUGUUUCAUGGAUAUUUUGAGUAGCAUUGUGUUUUUACAUCCUGUUGACAAGUGCACAGCAUCCAAACUGUUGUUCCUACUUUCUGUUUAUUACAAAUGUUGCAUGUUUAUAAAAGCAAACUAAAAUACUGUAGAUUCUUUGUGUCUGAAUAAAUGCCUCUACCAGUUAUACUCUUGAAAUAACAGUGGUCAUUAAUACUUCCAGCUGCAGCCAGCGGUCGUCUCCUUGAUAGUAUUCGCAAAUGGUAUUACAGUGCAGCUGGAUUCAACAAAAUUGGUAGGUGUUGGAAGCCCUUUACUGUUGAAGUUGUUUGGUUUGGAACCUGACUAAGAAGAGUCUGUUGUGGGGGGAGAAUUAUCUUGCAUUUUGUCCACUUUCUGCUAGUAUCUUUCUUUGGAUUCUUCUUCUUGGUGUUGUGACUGAGUGUGUUAAUUUUUAUUAUCCACAUCUGGUUUUUUGCAGAAAAGAAAUGGGACAGUUUUAAAUAAAUCUGGGUAAACCAGUGGCCUUUGAGAAUACAGAAGUUGGCUGUCCCUGUUUUCGAUCACGAACAAUAGUAAAAUAUAUAUCAAAAUCUAAUACAGGUGUGGGUGGUUUAGGUUUGUCAGUUGACCAACCAGAUGUUGUCGUAUGACCAUGAUAAAAAGUGCCAAAUAUUCCAGUUUAUGUUGGUUUAACUUUAGCUUCUUAUUUCCUUAUGGUAAAAUUUGUUAGCUGUUACAGGAACAAGGCUGCUUGCUUCCAAGCCCUACAAUAGCCUGGCCUAAACCUAACUUGGUAGCAAAGUUUGUCCUGCUUGCUACCUACUAUAAUUGUCAGUAUCCCCAAAGAAGAAGAGGAACACAAGUAAACAGUAGCAAAAGUCAUUGCUUAGUACUACCCAAGACCUUAGCAUCUUUGGUUAUCCCCUCCCUGUGAAUUGAUUGCCUUCUCUGUAAACUGGAUUUUGAUAUAAUAAUAAUAAUAGUAAUAAUAAUCUUAUUAUUUAUACCCUGCCCAUCUGGCUGGGUUUCCCCAGCCACUCUGGGCAACUUACAACACAUGAUGAUGAUGAUAAAAAAAAUAUUAUUUAUACCCGAUACAGGGUUGUCUAAAAAUCUAUGAAAGUUAAUUUCAUUGGGUUUCAAGUAUCAGCUACCUAAUUUGUAACUAGCAUGAGUAAUAAAAACUAUUGAUGACUGGCAAAGCACUUCUGGCAGGUGUUAGGGGUUGGGGGUGCUGCUGAAAGUGCAGCAAGGGCACAUGCUACUGCCAGCAAUAUUCUUGCCUGCAAUAGCCUAUGUAUGGCUUCAGAAUGGUCUGGAGCAGGUCGAGCUAUCAUUUCUUGGUUAGUGGCCUGACUUGGGUGUAUAUUUACUGCUUUGGAGUCUGCAGCUUUAUCAGUGGGAUGUUCUGUGAGUUAUGGACAUUCAUCUAAAAUACAUGUUUCCAGGCACUUGGAGCUAAUAAGCUGCUAAAAAUUAAUUUCUAGAGCUAGUGAAGAGAGAUGCCAUUGGUCUUGUUACUCCUACAAAAAAAAAGUUUUGUGUUUUUUUUUAAAAAAAACUCUACUGAUCUUCAUUUGUGUUAACAUGAGAAACAUCUUUCUGCUACAGGACUUAUGCGAGAUGAUACAGUGUAUGAAAACGAAGAUGUGAAAGAAGCGAUAAGGAGACUUCCUGAAGAUGUACGUAAUGAGAGAUUAUUUCGCAUCAAGAGAGCGUUGGACUUGUCCAUGAGGCAACAAAUACUUCCGAAAGAACAGUGGAUAAAAUAUGAAGAGGUAUGGUUGCAUACCCAUAUAAUAAGAGUCAACCCAGUUUUCUAGGGAAGGCUGGUUGUAAGCGAACAUAAAUAUUAUAUUCAGCAUAAAUAUUAUGUUCUCCCAUUAAUAGGAGUUUUCUGGAAAUCUUUGUAUCAAAUCUUCCAGUGCCCUAAAGACUCAAUUAGGAUGUAGCUUAGCAUAUUCAAUAAGUAUAGUUGGAUUUUAAUUAACACUUCGGUUUAUAAGUAGGUGUGUGAGAGAGAGAGAAUUAUACAUGCACACUUCCUGAGAAUAAAUACAUGAAAAGGGAUAAUUAUAAUUUGAAACUGCUCAAUUUUGCUGGUCUAGCCAUUCAUUGUAACCAACUAUGAAAUAAUGCAUUUUUUAGAAAUGGAAAACUUUCCACAGAAAAAGUGUAGUAGUGGGAAAUUUUCCAUCCCACAUCAUUGUUUCCUUGUCAGACAACAUAAGAUACUGGAUUUAACUAAGUCAUGAUUUAGUCCCAUUGAAAUCAAGUAAGUUAUUUAUCAUGACUUAAGUCCCAUUGAUUUCCAUUGUAUUAAAGCAUGACUGACUUAAGUAUGACUUUAAACCACUGAAUGGUGUCUGUUCAUAAUAUUGAUUAUUACUUUGAUGAAUUGAGUUGAGUAUUGGUUAACUCUUGUGAUGCUAAUCUAAGGCUGUAGAUUAGCUUCUGGGUGGAUGGAAUGUUCAUGGCUCAAUUCAGAACUUUGAGGGGAAUAGAACUUGCAGAAAACCUACUCUGUGAUUCUUCAGCAAAAACAUGGCUGGGAGGAGAUAAGGGAACACUCACACUUUUCACUCACAGCACAUGAGUGGAAACAGGCCAUGUGAGCAGUCUGCCAAAAGACCCAGCAGAUCUAGAUCACAGCCAGAAACUUGCAUGUGAUUGUGAUAACUGAAUGCAUCUUCGAACAUAAUGUGGUUGAGACAACUUAUCUAUAGAAAUCAAGUCUUCCCUGCUGAUCACGUCUUGCUUUGGGAGGAUAUAUUUGUCUCCUUAUUAAUCUGCUGUUUGUCAGGUUUGGUGCAGUAAAAAAUAAUUUUAUGAAACUUAAUAGUGCAUAAUCAGGUACUUUAUACAUGACUUGUAGUAUUAACUACCUUGAGUCUUGCAGGAGGGGUUAUAAUUCUAUCUCCAUAUUUUUUAAAAAAAUGGUUCUCUGUUCUGUCAUAGUAGAGCAUGAUCAAAAUAUAGAAUCCAAGGGCAGUGUUGUGUAGAGAAGGUCAAGCUUUGUCAUAAUCUGCCCCAUAAGAAUCUGUAAAACAAAGUAAUAUACCGUAUUUUUCGCCCCAUAGGACGCACCGCCCUAUAGGACGCACCUAGUUUUUUGGGGGGGGGGAAAUAAAGAAAAAAAAUUAUUUCCCCCCCAGGCACGGGGCUGGCGCGGGGGAAGCCCGAGCUUCCCCCGACCCCAACCCCCAGAAGAGCCUGCUAUCCGCAAGCCUAGGGAGCCACGCCAGUCUACCCAGGCUUGCGGACAGCUGUGCGAAGCCCGGGCGCGCUGAGACUUCCUAUACAAUACCUAUACAAUACAAUACCUCGGGUUACAUACGCUUCAGGUUACAGACUCCGCUAACCCAUAAAUAGUACCUUGGGUUAAGAACUUUGCUUCAGGAUGAGAACAGAAAGUGGCAGCAGCGGGAGGCCCCAUUAGCUAAAGUGGUGCUUCAGGUUAAGAACAGUUUCAGGUUAAGAAUGGACCUCCAGAACGAAUUAAGUACGUAACCAGAGGUACCACUGUACUGAGUGAAAGAUGUCUAGAGGUGUAUCAGUGUUAUUUGCAAAUCUAGCUGCAGCAAACACAAAUCCAGUAGCAACUUAAAGACUAACAAGUAUUAUGGCAUAAGCCUUCAUGAACUAGUCUUCUAGUCAAUGGAAAUUUGUGCUAUGAUAAAUUUGUUAGAGUCAGUAGCACCCUCAAAGCUCUUGAUUUUUGGUGGUGAAAAAUUUCUUAACAGACGCUUGACUUAUUUCAGGGCUUAAUUGUAAACAUGUUUAAACGCAAGACUCAAAAAAAUUGAUUCUGUAUGACAGUUUCAGUAACCGAUAAGAUGUUUCGUAGGGCAGAUGCAUGUACUAAUCACACAAAUUUAGGGAAAUGACUCUACAAGUAAUAAUUGUAGCAGGAAAGACCAGUUGGUGAAUUAAGGAUUAAGCAUUUUAAAUUUAGGUCUGCCUGCUCUGUUCCUAAAAUGGUGGUGAAGUAUCAGAUAAUCCAUGUCACUGUUGAUGCUGCUCUUACAAAAAGAUGCCAGUAUGAAAUGUCCAAUAUCCUUAACUCUCUCUUUUCUUUUUUUUUAGGACAAACAUUAUCUUGAGCCAUAUCUGAAAGAAGUCAUCCGUGAAAGACUUGAAAGAGAAGAGUGGGAAAAGAAAUAG